GGCGGGAAAAGAAACACCAACGUGACACUGUAGGGUGGCAGCCAUAGGUGGCAGCCAACGCUUCAAUCAGAGCCAUAUAAUAUAAUUCUAAAUAUAAUUCUCUCUAUAUGGCGCUGGCUUCAAUCAAUGUAGAUACAAUGGCUUGGGCUGCCAGCAUUGAUCAGCAUUAAUGGGGCCGGAUUUUACAGUGUAAUUUAAUUUUGUUGCCGCAAAGUGGGCGUCGGAAGCGGUCUCCAAUAGCGCGUGCAGUUGCUAACAGACUUUUCUAUGCACCGUUUUAACAGCCAGUCACUGCACCAACAAACAAAACCCUUCUGCUGCCCACCUCAAUGAGGAAACUGUCCCCUCUGCUUCGCUGAGCCAUUAUCGCCCGAAACUGUCACGGUCCACGGACAACCAGUGCCAGCGCCCAUUGAAGAGGCAAACCUGCAAACCGCUGUCAGGAGCAGCUAACUGCAGGCUAACGCCCCUUAGCUAGCAAGCUGAGUUCAUACGUGAAGAACUUUGUUGGCAAGCUACCGUCAUCAUCUCUGGAUAUUAGCCGUGUCUUUAACCCUGUGUUUCUGGUCAAAGUAUCUCUUUAGACGGAGACGUUGCUGACUAAAUAACUCGGUACAUGAGAUACACUGGGGCACAAUGUAGUCUAUUGUGUGUUUGUAAAAGUUAAGUAACACCUUGCUAGCUUGCCAGCCAUGCUAGUUUUUCUUAACGUGACUCACUGGCUGGUAAUGAAUGCACCGUAUCUUUACUUCGGGUGUUGUCUGGCCCCUUCACUGACACGCUGCUGAUGACUCGUUUAUGACCAGGCAGAAAGACUUUGUGUCGUCUCCCGUCAAGCUUGUGACAGAGAAACGUGAUUUUAUUGACAGACUACUUGGAUACCUACAGUACCAUGGGGUCUCUGAAGGCUCUCCAGGAGUGGUGUCGGAUACAGUGUGAACAUUACAACGAUGUGGAAGUAAAGGACAUGUCAACGUCCUUUCGGAACGGAUUGGCGUUUUGUGCCAUAAUUCAUCGUUACAGACCGGAAUUAAUAGACUUUGGCUCGCUGUCUAAAGAGAAUGUGUACGACAACAACCGACUGGCGUUUGAAGUGGCGGAGACUCAGCUGGGCAUUCCGGCCCUGUUGGACCCAGAGGACAUGGUGUCCAUGAAAGUGCCUGACCGGCUCAGCAUCAUCACAUACGUCUCCCAGUACUACAACUUCUUCAACAACAAGUCUCAAGCAAACCCCCCUUCCAUGAAAAGGCUCAGUUCUGUCGGUCUAAAUGAGCCCGCUCAGAAAAGGCCCCCCACCCCUUUGGAAGACAAAGUGGUCGAGUCUGAGAGCCAGCCUGAGGAAACUGGCGUAGAAGCGGCCUCAGCGAUUAAGCGCAGCACGCUCAGCAGCACCUGCGCCGCCUGCCAGAAACACGUCCACCUGGUGCAGAGGUUCCUGGUGGACGGCAAGCUCUACCAUCGCAACUGCUUCAGGUGCACGGAGUGUCACAGCACCUUGCUUCCUGGAUCCUACAAAUCAGGAAGUAACUCUGGGGCCUUGGUUUGUACACAUCACCUCGCAAGGCAAGCUUUAGCCAAUCAGAACGGCCGGCCGGAUCUGAGUAAGAGACCGCCAUUGGCUGCUCAGUCUGUCAGAAUUGGUCGCAGCCCGGUUCCUCACACCUCGCCCUCUGAGAGGGAACACGCUAAGACUCCUUCUCCUGUAAGACAAACAAAUGAGACUGACACGCCAACAAAUGAGACUGACACGCCAACAAAUGAGACUGACACGCCAACAAAUGACUCUGUCCUAGUCACCGCUGUCACAACAAAUACUGCAGACUCUGUGGAAGAAGCAAAAGAGACGGAGGGCAGUGUGGAGACCGAGGUGACACCGCGCUCUUCUUCUCCUCCAAACCCCUUUGAUGAGAGCAACGACGAAGAAGAAGAAGAAGAAGAAGAAGAAGAAGAAGAAGACGAAGAAGAAGUGGAGAAAGAGGAAGAAAGUAAAACACCAGCCAAAGUAACGACCAAUGGGGAUCUCCCUUCUACACCGCUCAUUCAUCAGGAAGGGGCCAGUCGGCCAGUACCGGCCCCCCGCCGCGUUGCUGAGCCCACCCCCCCUCCUCGCCCUGCACCGCGGGUCCGCCUCCCCCGCACGGCAGACAGCCCUACAGUCGGUGAACACCAGAAGCCUCUGAUUCCUCCCAAACCUCGAGAAAUAUCACGCUCUCCUGGAAGCCUAUCCAGUGGCACCCUUAAACCCAAAGACCCACCUUGGUUGGCCCUGGUCCAAUCAGACACCAAGAAGAAGAAAGCCCCUCCCCGUCCCCCUGUUGGACUGGCAACCCCUCCCAACACAGGCUCUCUGUCCUCUCUCAAAGGGGAGGGCUCCAGACCCAGCACCCCCCCUGCGCCCGCGAACCCAUUCGACGAUGAUGACGAUGAAAAUGUGGAGGUGGAGGAAGAAGAGGGCGGUGAAAGUGCGAUUCCACCCACAGUUGCGGCGAGUCACCCGUGGUAUCGCAUCACCCAGGCAGCAGACACCCCUGGAGCAGACCCUCCCCCCACUGGGGGGAGCUCGUCCCGCUCAGCCAGCCCCGCGAGCGCCAAGAACAAGAAGCGUCCCGCCCCUAGGGUCCCGAAGCCCCCAACAGGUCAACAAGUCCUCCCUCACUCUCAGCCCUCCUCUUGCUCCCCCUCCCCAGCCCUCAGCACAGAGAGUCUCUCCUCCGGCUCGGACCACAGCUCCUCCCACCCCCCGCUGGGUGGGGGUUCCAGCAGCGACCAGGAGCACACCUUCACCAAGAGUGUCUCUGAGCCCUCCAUCUGUUCCCCCUGCGACUCUGUGGCCUCUCCCUCCUCCUCCUCCUCCUCCACCGAGCGCCUGCCUCACCCUUUCCUCAGCCCCCACCCUUCUCCAUCAUUUGCCAGCUCCGCUCCCGCCACCCCCCAGAGCAGUCGCAGCUCUGGGACCCGAGGGGCCGCAGCCCCUCCUCCGAGACCCCCCACGACCCUCAGCCCAUUGGCCUCAGGAGCUGCCAAUAAGCGGAUCUGUAAGGAGAACCCGUUCAACAGGAAAGCUUCUCCCUCUCCUUCUAAAUCCAAAUCCAAACCACCAAAAGGCCCCCGACCCGCCAGACCCCCGGCCCCGGGACACGGCUUCCCUCUGAUCAAACGCAAGGUGCAGUCAGACCAGUACAUCCCGGUGGAGGACAUCCACGGGGAGAUGGGUCAGCUGGAGAGGAAGCUGGACGAGCUGGAGCAGAGGGGGGUGGAGCUGGAGAAGAAGCUGAGGGACAACCCCAACGAUGAGGAUGAGGAGCACCUGUUGGUGGACUGGUUCACUCUCAUCCAUGAGAAACAUCUUUUAGUACGAAGAGAGGCUGAGCUGGUCUACAUAGCGAAGCAGCAGAACCUGGAGGAGAGGCAGGCUGACGUGGAGUAUGAGCUCAGGUGUCUCCUCAACAAACCAGAGAAAGACUGGACGGAGGAGGACAAGAGUCGGGAUCAGGAGCUGAUGUCGGAGCUGGUGACGAUCAUCGAACAGCGGAACCAGAUCGUCAACAACAUGGACCAGGACCGGCAGAGGGAUGAAGAGGAGGACAAACUGAUGGAGGCCAUGCUGAAGAAAAAAGACUUCCAUAAGGACCCGGAGGUCGAGCCGCAGCAGAAGAAGAAAGGGGGGAAGUUCAAACCCAUCAAGGUGCUGAAGAGGUUGAGCCAUAAAGGGGAACCAAGCAAGAGCCCCCGCAAGGAGAAGAAAUCCCCGUAGACACAACGCUUCUCCUCCAAGGACAUGAGACUUUUUUUAACAACUAAGGCAGAUUUAAAAAAAGGACGUGAGCAAAGAAGAUAAGAGGAGGUCGUCUGACUGUCCCCCAGAAUCCCCCCCAGAAUCCCCUCACCUCUCACUCCUCACUCCAUGUCUCUCCAGUGACCUUUUUUCCGUUGCCUUUGUGUGAUUUUAGAGAGACGGUAUGACGGCUGCUUUAUGAGCGGACAUGUCUGUAAGCCUUUGAAGCAACUGAGGUGACCCGCAGGUUGUAAACGACUGCACUGAUUGGUUGUUUGUUGCGUCACUCUCCUUGUCAUUGCACAGCGUGUCUGACCCUUCAGGCCUUAUCAAGGCUUCACAGCUCCACAGUUAAUCCCUGAGUGUUGUAUUGGUUUGAAUCUGUUCCUGACACGUUUAUUACCCUCUGCUCCUGAAAGCCAAAGAUAAGAAGCUGGAUAUCUGAGGCUUUAUGUCUGGUUUGAGCCCGUGGUACGAGUUUAUUUUUAUCUAGCAACGUCUACUCAUGAAAUGCUCGAUCAACAAUGCUAAGCUCUUCUAGCUGCUAUGUUAUGACUGUCUAUGGGUCCCUUUUUUAUUCCUCCUGUGAUACUUUUGCGAUGAUGUCCCUUGUGUAAAUGCAUAUCAUCAAAGACGUGGAUGUGAACGUAGAUAUACAGUAUUAAUAGGAAGUUGUGUGACUGGAAAUCAGAUUGAUUUAGAACGGUUUGUAGAUAACCUUUCUGACACUUAAAGGUUAUCAGUAUGAAAGGUCACACAUGCAAUAAUGAACAUUAGAAGAGGCAGAUAUACAGUAUGUUACCAACUGUAGCAAAGCACCAGCUUAUAACAGACUGACCAUUGGGGAGAAACCUGAAUAUGCAAUCAUUAAUUUAUAUUUUACGAUGCCUUUCUGUGUGUUUCCAUGUAUUGAUAGGAAAAAAAGUGUUAAUAUUGUUUGUCCGUGCCAUUUAUUUAAUUUCAGUGUCAUUUGUUUGAUGUAACUGUCAGUAUGUUUGUCCUCCAUUUGAACUGCAGUCUGCGUUGUGCCUCUGCUCUGUGCCUGUCCUCCUGUCCUCCUGUCCUCCUGUCCUCCUGUCGGCUGUAACCAAGGGCUUCUGUAGCGCCACGUGUUCUCUAACAGCAGCAGGGUUAUUACAAAACAUACUGACACCGGAAGGCAGAGGAAUAAAAUAACUUACUGCAAGUC